UGAAAUAAUCUGUGGUUAACGGUCUUUGUGUGGGGGAUGGGAGGCGUGACUAGAGAUAAAGUUAUCAAAUCACGGUGGAGAUUCGUCACAAAAUAUAAACGAAUUUUCAAAUAGCAUUUCAUCAAGUUCAACUCUCAAACCUACGCGCUUUCUCCGUGUUUUGUCGAAAAUACAAUGGAUACGUACGAAAGUGUAUUACUCGUCAAGAGUGAAGUAUUUGUAUUUAGUAUACCACCAAGGUCAUUGAAUAGGGGUUAUCGAGCAGCUGAUUGGAAUCUUCAAGAUCCUACAUGGACUGGACGUAUGCGUCUUGUGUCUCAAGGAAAUUCAAUAGCAAUAAAACUUGAAGAUAAAAUUACAGGUGAAUUGUUUGCAAAAUGUCCCAUUGAUAAAUAUCCAGGUAUCGCAGUUGAGCCAGUCACAGAUUCUUCGCGUUAUUUUGUUUUGAGAGUUCAAAAUGAUAAUGGACGAUCAGCUUUUCUUGGUAUUGGAUUUUUGGAUAGAUCGGAUAGUUUUGAUCUAAAUGUUGCGCUUCAAGACCAUUUUAAAUGGCUUAAAAAUCAAGAAGAAAUAGAGAAAGAAAAAGAUGAACCAAAACAAGAGCUGGAUCUAAGAUUUAAAGAAGGCGAAACAAUUAAAAUCAACAUGAAGAUUACUAAAAAGGAUGGCAGUGAAGUCUCUUCCAAGGCAAAACAGCGACCCAAUACAAGUAUUGGUUUACCUCCCCCGCCAGGUGGUGUAAAAAUUGCACCACCGCCAGCAAAAACUGCUACUUCAUCCCCUGCACAUAAACCUGCACAGAACCAAAAUCAGCCAAGUUCAGAAUGGGGAGAAUUUGCUAGUGCAUCCCAACAAUCUCAGGCACAACAACAGCAACCAUCAACAGUAGGAAACUCCAGUUGGGUGCAAUUUUAACUUCUUACAAAUUGUAUUAAAAUUUAGUAUAGCUGUGCUAUAGAAUCAUAGGCAGUGCAUAUGUAUAUUAAUUUGUAUAUGCACAUGUACUUUGACAUGUAUGCAUACAUAUACCUUUUAAGGGUAAUUAUUGACAAAGAUGUUUCUAUGUACAUAGUAUAUUAGCUAUAACAUUUUUAGAAUGUGAUCUUUACUGUAUUAUAGUUGAGUACUUAUAAAUGCUUAUAAGUUUCUGGUACAACUUAAUUGUGAAACCAGAGAAACCAUGGAACAAUUCUGUAUCCAUGAAUGAAAUAUCUAAUAUAUGAUUUUGUUUAACAAAGAUAUAUUUAGAAACAAUUGUAUUUGAAAAUUUCAAUUCACUAAUUUGGAAAUAAAUUUUUAAGAGUCAAUAUAUAUUUGGAAAUUGAGAUUGCUAUCACUUUA